AACUGGGACGUGCCUGGGGCUUGUUCCUGCCCUGGGCUUCCCUGCAGCGCAAGGGCUCUGAGGCCAUACAGGUCCCUCUGUGCUGAGGGCUCUUGGGUGAUCAGAGUGGAUAAGCAGGGUUAAGCCCCAAAUCUGGGGGUUCUCAGCCCAUUUCUUUGCUUUAGGAAGGCUACGAGGAUUGGAAGGGUUUCUGGGAGCUGUGGAGGGCUGGGUUUGGGGUCCAGCUGCCGGUCUCUGCUAGGGCAAGGGAAGAAGGAAGGGAGCCAACUGGGUUCUGCCCAGUGCGGUGCAGGGAGCAAACAGCAGCCUGCCAUGGCUCAGCUGCUCUUGUGAUGUAUUGCUUAAUACUUGGCAGGGAUUUGCCUAUUUAUUUAUGAUUUUGCUGCAAAGCACGUUGAUAUUCAGUGUUUUCAUAUAAACCUCAGCUCUUGAAGUCAUGGGAUUGUAGGAAAAGGCAAAUCUGCUGCAGAAGGUCAUAAGGUCUCACCUGGCUCGUGGCAGGUUCAUACAGUGGGAAAUUGAUGGUGGUAAAGCUCAGCUCGCUGAAGCGAAUGUGAAGACCAGCAGGCAAGCAGAGAGACCCCAAGAGUUUCCUGUGCUGUAGGGACACUUCUGUAUCUCUGCAUGUUUGGGGUUGCACAUGUGCUUUGCAUUUGGUGCAACCGCCCUCGGGGUAAAAAUAGAAGUUGCUUGCUCUGAAUGGUACCCUGCUGUAUUCUCAUGCCCACGCUUCCCCUUGGAGAUGGGGCAUAGGGGUUGCUGCAUUCCCAGGGCUGCUAUAAAACCCCAGCAGGGUUUGCAGUGUGUGGAUUUAUGCACCCCACAGGGCUGUUAGAGCAUCUCUUUUUCCCGAUGGGGACUGGUGGCUAUCUUCCCACUGCCCCUGCACCUCUCCUCUCACUUCAGGCUCCUGAUGGCUCUCAUGUAUUGAUAAUACUGAGAACUGCUGCUGUCUGGGGUAUUUAGGUGAUCCCAUUGCUGUGGAGUCAAAUACAUCCUGCAUUCCCCAUGCACAGUGCACAGUGCAACUCUUGUGCUUUGGAGCUACAGUGCGAUCCACCCUGAGGUGAACAGUGUAGGGCAGAGCAGAGCUGCAUAGAAGUAGAGAGGUGACUGGGUCUGGAGUUAUUUCUGCUGCUAUCAUCCUGAUUUUGUCAGUUGUAUGCUGGGCAUACACCAGGGGAUGGCUGUAGGCAUUGACAUGCAUCUUCCCUCAGCAGAUGCCAGGACCUCCUGCUCCAUGCGGCGAGGGGCUGGGUGCCAGGGCAAGGAAUGCCAAGCCUGCUGCAGGGCUCUGUCCCCGUGCUGCCCCAUGGUGAGGUCUCCGUGUCCUGGUGGCAUCCGUGGUGCCAAUGGCCGGAGCCGUGGUGCCCGUGCCCCAGCUCCUUGGAGUGCCGUCCCGUCUGUGCGGCUUCUGGAGCUGCUGCCCUCCUGCCUCUUUCUGGUGCAUGUUUACGGCUCGGAGGGAGCCGUCCUGCCCCAAUUCCCCAUGCACUCCUAAUUUCAUAUGUCCAUAUAUAUCCAUGCAGCAUUUGAUACAGGUUUUAUGGGCAUUUCCAUACAUUUUACAGACACAGCCAUUACAGAGACAGGUUUCACCUGAGAAACCUCAGGGGACCAGAGCACUGAAUCGCCUUAGUCUUGGCCUCAGAACAAGGCUCUCUUCUCUCUCUUGCCAGAGCUGCCGCUAUCAGCUCCGCAGAGGGCUUGGGGAUGGUGAGGGGCUGCCAAAGUCCUGCCCCGAGAGCUGUGACAUGGUCCCUCCUUCCACCCUGCUUCUUGCAGGGCUCUGCCCUGUGCCGUGCAGUUGGGGGCUGCCUUCCCUUGUCACCCUCUGCUCAGCCCCACAUGCAGGGGUAAGCAUGAACAGUACCUGGCCCUGCUUUGGGCUCCCGAUUCCACCAUCUUCACACCAUGCUGAUGAUGCAUCAAGGAAUUUUCCACUGUUUAUCAGUGGUCCCAUUUGCAAGGGAAACGCCUGCUCCCACUUGGGGCUGCCUCUGUCUGAUGCUAUGGGGACUGGUCCUCAUUGCCCCGCCAUCCCCAGCAUGGCCUCAGCUAUUCAUAGCGUCUCCCCUCACCCCUUUCAAAGGCUGCUAGAAGCCUGGGGUCCAUCCCACUCUGUUUUCUUGAGCAGGUCCCGAAAGCAGGAACCAUUUGUGGCUUCCCCGGCCAGCGCGUCUCUGCUUGGCCUCCAGCGAGUGUUAUUUUCUGUGCUGUUUACUGUUCUUCUGUGGGCUGUCAGGUUUCCGCACUGGGGAAAGGCUUGUAAAUUGGGGGGGAGGUGGCAGGUCCGCACGGAGGGGCUAUGGGCAGAGGGGGGGAUGGAGGAGCACAGACAUGGCCUUUAUCGCAGCCUAGGGGAUGUGUGGCUCAUAAAUCCGACCCAGGCAGAUAGGGGAUAAAUCAUCCCUGCUUGGGCAUUGGUGGUUACCCAUGGUUAGAAAUUAACUUUGUGUUGGAUGGGUCCCAGGCUGUGGGAUGGGAAGGGGAGGCUGCUCCGGGCAGUGUGCCUCCCGCCCAGCCCCGAGGCCAGGCUGCAGCCGGAGAGCGGGUGCCCAGUGCCUGCCCUGGCCAGCAGGGCCGCUGGGUGCAAUUAAACUGAGCUGAUGAAGCAAGCGGAUGCUGCGGCCGAAUCUGAAGUGCGGGCGAUGCCCUGGCACCUGCAGCAAGCUGGCCGUGCUCUGGAGCUCUGGUGUCUGGCUGUGGCUGCUGCACCAAGCUCGGGGAAUGGGGAAGCACUGUCUGCCAGCCAGGGCCGGGCAAAGCUGUGGCUUUGCAGACCAUGCGCCAUGUGGAUGUGCGAUCUCUGGUCCUUGUGUUUCUGCAGUGUUUUACAUCAGCCUGAAUAAGACUUUAUUCAGUGUUUCCGAGAGCUGGAACUUGGGCAUCUCCUGCUGUAUGUGCCGUGCUCUCCCCUCCCUCUGCGCCCUGGGACUGGACACCAUCAUGCUGGGCUCCUCGGAUGUGCAGAGCCCUUUUGUUUGCUAGAUGAACAACCGGAUGCCCAACAGGAGUCCUAGGGGAACCCUCCCCCUAGGAGAAGAACUCAUCGCUUGUCCCGUGACAACCAAGUUGCUCUAUGCAUCCUUGGGGUCAGAUCUUUCCCAGGGUGAGCCCCGCUUUGGGGCAGGGAGGCAGCUGAGGGUCAAGGCGGUGUUGUCCAGUCAGAGCCUCAUGAUGGUCGGAUGUCAUCUGGGCACCUCCACAACCUUCGUCUCCUGCAGCCCAGCGUAUAGGGCACUGUGGUCAGGCCCAUUUAUAAAGCUGGUAAAUAUAUCGGCAGGGAUUGUGUCCCCUCCAAAGGUCAAUAUUUGUGCAGAGUUUAAUUUUAACUUAACAAGAAGUUGUUUGCAGAGGCUGCCCUGUUUGUGAGUGUGUGUAUGUGCUUCCCCACUGAUCGAUGCUCACAGGGUGCAAGCAGUGUGCGUGCGUGCGUGCACCCAUGUGCCAGGUACUGAGGGCUGGCAGUGGGUGCCUGCUCCCCCGAAUGCUGCGGGCUGAGGGAUGCAGGCCAGCGCCAUGCGGUCCAGAGGACACGGAUGCCAUGGGGACAGGGUCUGCUGCUGAGGCUAUAAAUGCAACCCACAGACCUCUGGUGGAGGUGACAGCGGGCAAAAUGUGCCCCGUGUGACUCUGCACAGCAGCACAUAGGGACAGAGGCUUCCCAGACUGUUCUGACCAGUGCCAUGUGCUUGCUGCAGCUGCCCCUGCUCUUUCCCUCACUAUCCCCUCAUGAGCCCCUGUGGGUUUUGUGGCUCUCACUCAUUUUCUGGCAACGUGCAGCUCCAAGCUGAGCGCAUCGGUCAGGCUUUGUGCAGUGCUUGGGCUCCCAGUGCUGUCCCCUGGCUGCUCCCAUGCUCCAAAGAAUGUCAUGGUGCUUUUCCAGCACCACUGCCAAACCAGUUCCAUCCCUCUCUGGCUGAGCUUCCACCUUGCCAAGCAGGGUAAUCUGGCACCACAGGCACACCUGUGCCUGACUGAAGCUGGUGGCAAUUUGGAGAGAUUCAGAGGCAGAUGUCCUGGUGUCUUGGUGCUCUGUCUUUCUGCUCCUCCAGCCAAAAUCCAGUGUCACGGGGCUGGCCACAUGUCCCCAGCUUUAUCCCCGCCAGGGCUGGGGACAGGCAUAUAGCCCCUUCGGAUGCAGGUUCUCAUGGGUACCUGCAGAGCAUCUCUGCCUGACUCUGAUACUCACUCUCAGCCCAUCUGCAGGAAAAUGGGAGAACAGCAAUAGGCAUGGCCGGGGCAGAUCUGCGAGCCACAGCUGGGAUGAGAGCUGCGCACCCAUGGUCCUUCAAGGCUACCUCACUUAGGGCAGGAGGGGGGCACAUGGCUGGGAGAAGUAGGGCUGGGAGGGAGCUGCCAGGGCUCCGUGUUUUGCAGCCCGCCUUUGUGGGCAAUGAGGUUUGGUUUGCGUCUUUCAGCUCUUUUCCUCUUCCUCGCCAGGCCCUGGGGCUGCUGACCUCAAAGGGAAAGCAGGCUGCGAGGGACAGCAUUGGGGCCGGGCAGGGGUAAACACGGGGCUGAAGCUGGCCAGGCAGUGGGUGACGGGGUGAGGUCAUGCCGUGACGUCAGCUCUGUGGCUUUGGGGACAGCCGUGGUUAGGCUGCCUGAGGAGGGGCAGCUUGUUUUCCUGCAGCUCUGCCGCUUGCUCCCGGUGUCCGUCUAACUUAUAAAGUUUAAUGGCCAGUUUAAAAGGUUCCUGCCAUGGGCACCUUGUUGCCAGUUUUAGGUUUUUAAUUGGGAAACUUUCCCCUCUGUGGUUGCAGUGGAAGGACUCAGGUCCGCUCGGGGCCGGUAAUCGGGAUGUGCGGGUGCUGAGGAGACGGUCUAGAGGGCUCUAUUCCCAUCAGCGGUGUCAGUGGGACAUGCAUAGCAUGAGGGGUGAGCUGCAGGAGACCCGUGCCCCUCCCACUGUCCACACACCUUGUGGAAUACAUUCAGCAACCUGCUCCUGAUCGGUGCUGGGGCACAUGUUUCUGCAGGAGCAUCUUCAUCCCAUGGCCCUUGGGAGAUGCUAGGAGUCCUCGUGCCCUUCUACAAGUCCAUCUCUGUUUUCCUGUGCUACGUGCAGGUGGCCAGAGCAAGGCAGCAGUCCCACUGUGCAGGCUGUGAGCCCAUGCCGUGAGCAUCCCAGCUCCUAAGUGGGUCUGGGGCAGUUCUGACUGGGGCUGCUGGGAGCUGCAUGGCAAAGCAGGCAAAGAGUGUGCACCUUAUAGAUUGAACUCCCUCUGGGUGGGCACCCGGAGCACAAUCUAUAAAUAACAUGCGGAGCACUGCUCUGGAGAAGCAGAGGAGUGGCCUUGGUUUACCAGCACAUUUGUACCAUGGCUUUCAAGCGGUUCCCCUGUGUGUCCCUGCCAGCUGCUGGCACAUCUGCACCCUGGGGGCUGUGGGGUGUGCCGACAGAAGGUGGGCUGCUCUCAGCUCCAGCGCACCCAGUGCGGUGCCACGUGGGCACGGAGCUGGUGCUGGAGCCCCAGAGCAGCCCUGCCUUUGCCAGGCCUAUAAUUGAUUCCUGUUCUCCUGCUUGGGCUGUAAAUGUGCUGGCAUCCACUGAAGAGAUGUGUUUUGUGUGUUUUGAGAUGGUCGGAGAGGCUCGCAUCCUAAGCUUCUGGAGGCAGGGGGUUUGAGGGGACCUUGGCCACACUGUUUUGGGGCUGCUGAUAAGUAAUCCUACACUGAACAAAAAGGAAGUAGAAAAAUGUAGAAUGGAAAUGGCAAGGCUUUUAAAAAAGGAUGGGCAAACCCAUCAGUGCAAGGCAUUGCUGCAUGGAGCAGGCAAGGGCUGGAGUGUGGGGAUGAGAGCAGAGUACACAGAGCCUUAGCACAGCAGGCACCAAGGUGGACGAAUGGAGGAGCAGGAGGAAACGUCCGUGCAGCAGGAGGAAGAGAGCCUGGCAGCACUCCAGGCAUGCUGCCGGGCUGGGUGUGAUUUCCUCUUCGCCAUGCAUGAAGAGCUGGCCAGCAUCCCUACUCUGGGUGAGCAUGGAGCAGAGCAAUGCUGCUGUCACAGAGUUCAGAAUUUGGGUUCCAUAGUCUUUGACAGUAUGGCAGCCACGAGAGCUGUGGGAAGUGGCUGGGAGCAUCCUGCACCCUGCCCCAGCCCUGCCAGAGCUGCUCAGCUUCCAAAGAUAAACUUCAUGGGGCAGAGAUAGAUGGGGAUGUGGUCCCUCUGUGUCCCUGCAGCCCUGCUGGGACCUCAUCUCUUUCUCAAGAGGGGACACUCCUGACAGGGUGUUUUAUUUGCAGCAGGUGCCUGAAAUCCAACCCACUGCCCUGCGCUCCUUCCCCUCACCUGGGGAUGAACCCGGGCGGGGGCACGGCUGCACGGGGUCAGACCCCUAUGGACUCCCCCUGGCCAGGGUUGUCCCCAUGUAACACCAAUGAACUGCUCCUGCUGUGGGCAACAAGCGUGUAAUGCCUGAUUUCACAGCACCAGCGUGCCGGGCUUGCUUGUGGCAAUGAUCUUCUUUCCUGGCCAACUCCGACCUGCAGCCCAAGGACACUUGUCACCUCCGAUAUGGGUACCACGAUGUCCUCAGCCAGCCCUCCUUUCCGCAACUGUUCUCUCCCAGUGCCACUUCCUGCUCAUCCCCCUGCACCCUGCACUGCUGGCUGAGCUCAUUCAGCUCUGACCGGGCUUACAGCAUGGAAUGCAGAGCUGCCGCUGGCUGUCCUCCAGCCUAAACAUCCCCACCCCAUGGUGCGACACGAGCUGAUAAUGCAGCAGGUAUCUCGUGCCCAGCCUGCGACCUACGGGCGCACGGCCUUGGAGGCUGUCACUUAUCUCCUCCGUGUGCGCACGCUGUCUCUCGUCCCCAAGCAAUGUUCUCAGUGUCUCUGGUUUUUGCUCUGGGCCAAACCCACACGCACAUUGCCCGAGACCGACUCCGAACAGGCUCCUUUGAUGAGCAGGGCUUAAAUAUAUAUUUGGCAUUCCAGCGGCAGCGUGCCGAGCGUGGCCUGGGGUGUGAAAGUGUUUGCUUGACAAACGCCGGAGGCUCUCGCCUCUCUGCCGGCCCUGGGGACUCACAGGAGAGGAAUGUCAAGGAAUUUUUCACCUCUCUCUUUUUAUUUUGUUUUUAUUUUGUUUUCCUUCUGAGGGCACAUUUGUAAUGCUGGUGAUUGGCAGUCCCAAAGCUUGAGCUCCCCUCCUUCCCUGGGUUGGGGAUGGGUGGGAUCUCCAUCCCCAGUGCCCAUGCAGUAAGGGGUCUGUGGCGCUGGGCUGCAGAGCCAGGACGGUUCUGCAUGGGGAGGAUGAAGAAGGCAGUGCAUCUCCUGCUGUCCAGGUGCGGCAGCCUGCACCCCAGCUGUAAAUGGGGAGGGAGUCCUGUGGCACCUGAUUUGGUUUCAGAGCUCAUGUCUUCGGUGCAUGCUGGAGCAGGUCGAGAUCCCAGACAGCUCUUGGGGAGGGGGUAGGGGACUGAGUCUGUGUGUUCCCAGCUGUCCCUGUCGUAAUCCCUCCUGAAAGAGAAUCCUCUACUCUGCUUCAUCCCUGUUCAUCUGCCAGCAGUGCACCCUGGCCCUAAAUCACCCCCUGCAUCCAGCCUGAUGGGCGCUCCCACCCAUUGGGAUGCUGGGGUCUUUGGGGCUAAGAUUUGGAUAAGGGAGGAAGGCAGAACAGGGGUGAGGGCCUGGGGGACUAUGAAGAAGGGGGGUUGUCCCCAGGGCUUGGCUUGGGCUCUCCAAGAUUUCCUUCCCUGCUUGCUGAAGAAUCACUGGCUUGUCUGGCAGAGCGCAGGCCCAUGGAUUUCCUGGGCAGUGAGCCCCUUUCAUGUGGCCGCUCGCAAACUCUCAUGACAUCACUAGGGGCUGCUCCUCCUGGAGACAAACCCAGUGCUUUUUAGGGCUUUGCCACCCCAUGCCCCAGCCUGUGUGUUUUGGCCAGGGGGGACCCGGGGAACCGCAUCCAAGAACGUCUGCUCUGGCACGGAGACGGCACGGGGCCACGGUCAGGGGGAGAGCAGCGCGUCCCCUGCUGAAUAAACAUGGGCUGGCCAGGCUGGAGGGGGCUUUUCCAAGCUGGACCACACCCCGGGGGGCUAUUUUUGCCAUGAAUGAAGGGGCUGUGUGCUCGCCAGGCAGCCUAGCCUCCUGCCACUGCUGCUGUGCUGAGAGCAAGCCUGACACUCAAUCUGCUGCCUGGCCAAGACCCAACAUCUGUGCUAAGCAGCUGGGCACUGCCCGUGGGACAGCUGGGCAUCACAGGGACACCUGGGCACUGCCACAGGUGCUCUGCUCAGGUGGACAUCUGGGCACUAGGGGAAAAACUAGGCACCAUGGGGGUACCUGGGCAUGGGCACAGGUGCCUGCAGGGACACUGGCCACCAGACUCACCUGGUCACCACCCAGAAGGGACAUCUGCAUCACCAGGGCACUGGUGAUGAAGGGGAUGUGUGCCUCUGCAUUCUCUGGGCAAAGUGGUAUCAUGCCAGGGAUGGUGCUGGCUGCAGGAAAUGGGAAACAUGGGCUGUCACCAGCAAGGGGAGGUGACACUGACUCAGUGGUGGUGCCAGCAGUGGUGCCAGUGCUUCUGGGGCAUGUCAUACCCUGUAUUUCCAACCCACUCUGCCAGCAAGAUGCCAGUGUCAGCUCAGAGAUUAGCCCUGCUGUCCCUUCUGCAUUUCCUGCUGCAGUUUCGGGUGAGAAUGGGACAAUGUCUCAGGGGCUGCCCCACUGGCCGGGUGCGCCCAUGCCAGGAAGGAACUGCAAAGCCACCAGGGAGGAGCAGCUCAGCCUGGUCCUGAGUGCACCCAGAUUUCCCCCAGAGCUCCUAAUCUCACUUGGCUCAGCCCCAGGCUUCUUCUGCUUCGAGUCUUGGUGGCACAGCUAAUCCCCAGUUAGCUCAGGAUCACACUAGGUGCAGCAUCCCCCCACCACUCUCAGGCUUUGCUUUCCUAGGGGCUGCUCUGCCCAUCCUCUGCUGCUGGCAUGGCACAGUCACCAUUUGUCCCCUCCCUGCCCCAUGUUCUCACUUCUCAGCCAGCAUCACUGCCCCAGGGGAGCCAUGAGUGUUUGUUCCCAUGAGCUUGUCUGUGCUGGGUGGAGCUGGGGCACAGCAUCCCACUCGCCACUGUCCCUUAUUGCCACGUGGCACCCAUGUGAUUCAUCAGGUGUGGCUUUGUUUCCGUCACCCCACUUUGCAGGAAGUUUCUUGGCCAGCCCCCUAGGUGCCCUGAGCAAUAACAAGCCAGGAUGAGCUGGCCGACCUUCCUGAGAAACCCUACAAUAACAAACUGGCGCUAUGUGUCCAGCUUUCCUGGAUGGACAAUAAUAAACCAGCAUGAGCUGGCAUGCCUCGUAGCGCAACCCUGCAAUAAUGGAGCUGGGUGAUGUGUCCACCCUACACAGUGGCAAGCUGGCAUGAGCCACCCAGCUCCCUUGCCAAGAGGGGUCCCCAGGAAAAACUGGAUGCUGGGCUCAGGGCUGGCACAUGCCUGCAGCCAGCAUGGAGCUGGGUGUGCCACAGCAGCCCCCUUGUCCCUGGUGCAACUGUGCCAUCGCCUCGCCAACUCUCCUUUCCCCUGGAUUGGUCUCUGGGACCUGGAAGAGCAGCAGGAGGGCAGGGCAGGGCAGGACCCCGGCAUCCCCGCUACCGUGCAGCAGCACAAUGCGCUGCAUGCUGUAAUCCAACCCACGGGAACAGCACAAGGGGAAAAGAAAAGAGUAUUGAGCAGCGGGCCGCUGCGGUCACCGGGCUGCAUAGACUGCUGGUUGUUAAGCGGGUGCCUCGCUUGCAAAGGCCGCCUUGAUGAAGUGUGAGACGGCACUUACGGAGGGACGCGGGCAGGCAUUCUCGCUCCAUCUUCCGCUCACAGUGCCGCUCUUUAUGCGCCUGACAUUUGCUUGCUGGAAAGGCCUUGAAAGUAGGGGGAAAGGAAAACAUCACCAGCAGCAGGGCCAUGAGCAUUGCCGGGAGGAGUGUGGGGCCGUGCCAGGCUGUGCCGCGCCAAUCCGUGCCAGGCUGUGCCUCUUGGCCACUCUGGCUUUGCCGCCUGCAGUUCCCUGGGGUGACCCCAUCACCUCUAUCACCUCUCUCAGCUCCGGGCUGCCUUCUCCAGUCGGCACAGCCGCUUCCUGCCAGGUGUGUGCAGUGCUGGCUCCGUGCCGGGGAAGCCCUGGCCAUCCUACCCUUCCUGCACCGUGCCAGCACCUCUCCUGGCUGCUGCUGCUGCAUGCCUGCAUGGGAUGAGGUGUUGGGGACAUUGCAGGGUCAAAGCUUGGGCACAUCCCUCUGCUGUCCUUACCCUUGAUCCCAACCAGAAGGCAGCAGCUCAAAUGUGUCCUCCCACAGGUAGGACCCUUUGCUGGUGGCACAGACCUGUGCUCUUCUCUGCUAGUCCCAGGAUGAAUCCCUGAGCUGUUGGCAACACAAACCCUGUGAUGGGGGAGGGUGGCAGCAGCCAAGCCAUGAGGCACAGCAACGCCCCAGCAAUGAAGCCAUUCUCUUUCCCACCACAGGCUGCUUGCUGCAGUAUUGCCAGGCUUUGCUAUGUCAGUUCAGUGCCAGCUGCCAUGCUCAUCGUGCUCUCAGGCCACUGCUCCACCACGCCGCUUCUGCAGAUCUGCCGUUGGGGCCAACCCAGGGAAGCCUUCCACCCCCCCACCCGGCACACACCCCUUGGCUCCUGGCCCCUGUAGGAAUUAUUAAGUGUGCCCCUGUGGAGCAUGUGCUGAGGCUGGCCACGGGAAUGUGGGCAGAUCUGACAUACAAGCCACAGCAGCCAGGCUGUAAUUUCCAAACAGGCCCUGUUCGCUCUGUUUUCCAGUUAAAAAUAUAUUAAAAAAUAGGAAUGUGGGGUUUGCAGUGAAGAAUGUUGGUAACCGCUUCGAACGUCUGGUGUGAUAAUGAAAGGGUCAGUCCCCAGCUUUGAGCGCGACCGAUUUAGACUCUGGUGCUUGGCACAAGCACAGGGGCCCAGCACGCUCCCUCCAUCCUGCAGCCCUGUGCCAGGGGAUGGUGAUGCUGCUUCUCCCAUGGGUGACACGGCCAAGGGAACAUCCAAAGUCCCAUCUCUUACGGGCCCUUGAAAAGGGAGUGUGGGCAGGGAUGGGUGAAGGCAGGGCGAUGGAGAUGAAUGCUGUGUCUGGGCUGCAUCUCCUUGUGAGCUGUCCUUGCUGAGCACAGGUGCUGUGCCCUAGCCCCCCCUUCCCGGGCAGCCCCCCCAGCUUGGCUAAUCGCAGUGUUCAGGCUGUGCUACUGAGCAUCCCGUGCCGGUGCCGCAGCCUUGAGCAGCUUCUGAUACUGGGACAUGGCGUUUGGCCUUGCGAGCAGGUAGUCAUAACAUGGGGUGACCCCCCCUGCCAACUCUCCAGGCACCGCGGUGGGGGAACCUGGCCGGCACUUCUUGUGUCCCAGUUCCCACAGAGAAGUAAUCAGAGAAAAACAAAAGGCUCCAGCAGCCAGGGCUGAAGCCAUACUGGGGACAACAGACUGGCUGCAGCAGGGUUUGGCUCAGCGAUGUACUGAAGCCAUGGGGCAAGUAGAAAGGAGAUGUCACCCACAGCCACAUCUUGUCACUCUACCUGCCCCUCUGGGGAGACCUUCUUGUCCCUCAUAUCCUCCGGGGCCAUCAGGUGGCCACUGGCUGGCACAGCACACUCUGCUCCCUGCUGAGUCACAGCUCUAUGGGGAAACUCUUCCAGCUCUGCUCAUAAACCCAUUGAUUUCCUUUCGGGUCCAUGCCUAGCAGCCUCCCAUCCCAUCCUGCCCAAUGGCUCAGAGCUGCCUGCUGACUCCCAGAUUCCAGCCCAGGCUUUCAGCAGCCUCUUCCCAGGGCCACGGGCCCUGUACCUGCAGCCCUGUCUGCUCCCAGGGAUCGCAGGGUGGCAGGGUACAGCAGCAGGGUGCUGGCACUGGCACCAAGUGGCUGUGCAGGGACUCCCCUGCCCCACCAAGGGCACUGACCCGCACAGUGCUAUCUGGUACACUUUGCUUACUCUCCUGCCGUUCCUGGCUUUCCUGGGAGCUGCUGUUUGCUUUUCUCUGAAUUAUGACUCCAGUUCGUGCCUUUGAUCUAGGCUGUGUCGGCCACCCAAUGCCAGCCCCUCUGCUGCCUUUGAAGUACAGUCAAUCCCCUUCCCAGCACUGGACACCACUUUUGCAGCCUCAGGAGCAACACUGGCCUUGGGGGGCUGAGACAUCCAGUGUAAGAGCUCCCAGGGAUAUCCAAGGCAUCCCUCAUCCUCCCCUGGAUGUCAUGCUGUGCCAGCGUUGCACAAAGCCCGGAGGUGGCAACGCAGGGUGGUGAGCAGCCCCAAGGAUGCUGUAGGGCUCGGACCGGAGCACUGCUGUCUCCUUUGGCAGUGGGCAGGGACACAGAUGCCAGCGAAAAAGCAGAUCCCAAUGGCGUGUCUGUCCUGCAGCUAAGAGGUUUUCCACACUUUCUCCUCUAGCAGGAAGGCUGAAAGCUGCAGAGAAGGUGCCCUUCUGGACACUAUCACUGCCCUCCCUUCCCAGCACAGAGUGCCGAGGGUCUUUGCCUGUCCUCUCUGCCCUUGGGAUGCUGUCCCAGGCUCUGGGCUCUGGCCUUGAGUGGGUCUGAGUGUCCCCAUCCCCUCCCCGCUUCCCCAUCUUGGGGAGGAAUCAGCCUUAUCUGUUACACUUUGUUCUCCUGCUGUCUGGGUGUGGAGCCGAGCAGAGGUUACUGCCGGACCUUUGACACACACACAUACAUGGAGACACAGACAGCCCCACGUGCAUCCGUAGCUACACUCAUCACACAUGCACACACCUGCACGUGUGUACAGCUGCACAUCACUCAGAAACCCCCCUCAGAUACAUUUCCCCAGCCCUGCACGCACACCUCCUUUCCUGCACUCCUUCAUAGCCGUUGUGCCCUAGGCAUCCUCCAAGGUCCCUGCACAUGUUGACACAGCCCUUAAGCUGAGAGCAGCAUCCCUCAGAGGGCACGGGCAUGAGGGGGACUUCUGUGCAUCAGCACUGGAUGUGGUUUAUGCUGCUUGUGCAGGCAUUGCUGCAGGAGACUGUGACAAGGCAGGGGCUCCUUGCACCCACAGUGUGCCUGGGGUCCUGCCCAUGCCCAAAGCUUUUGUUCCUUAUCAGCAUGCUUCCACACUGCUUCUGCUGGGGAAGCCACAGCCCUUCCCAUGCGAUCUUAUCUUCAGCAGUUCAUGAAUGACAUGCGAGUAGCUGCCCUGACCUCUGCCAUCUUUCUCCUAACGGGAAGGCAGAGCAGGUGUGCAGCAGGGUGUGUGUGUGUGUGUGUGUGCGUGCCCAUGUGAGCAUGUGCAUGCACAACUAGGGAGCAUCUGCAUCCCUGCAAGUGGUGGUGCAGCAUCAGGGCAGAACCAUGCUGUGGUCUCCACGGUGAAGCACAGAGUCCUGCAUGUGGGCACACACAGCCCCUUCCCUGCUGUCCAGCACAAGGCAGGGUGGUCUGGCAGGAGCUGGCUGCUCCUGGGGCUGUUCCAGACCCUGAUGCUGGCAGUGGGGUGACUGUCUCUGACCUCU